UGCAAGUGGGAAUAAAUAGAUCGGAAUUACCGAGCCGAAAGACUAGAAGGGUUUUCCCGGCUGUCCGGCUACAGCUCACGUGAAAGCUUUGGUGACCCACUAUCAGUGGUUAAUCCAUUGGCUACUGCUCGGCUGCUAAAGUCGCUCAGCUUGCUAACUGACUUCACCCAUCGAAUCUCGACAGAGAACGAGUUCCAAUCUCCACUCUACCACGACAUCCUAAUAUACGCCACCACCCGCUCACCUAUUCCCUACCCUAAGACACCUACGAUUAUCCUCGAGGAAGUGCUACGAACACCAGAUAAGGAAAAGGAGAAAGAAAAAAAGAAGAAAAAAAAGAGACAGAAGAAAAGGAGCAAGGUCCAAACUAGAGGGGACCUCUCAAAGUCACAUCAAACAAGAAAACGAGCAAGAUCAUGCCCGCCGUUCGACCAAACGCCGCCGUGCGGGCCACACGCGCCCUGCAGCAAAAUCAAAAGACCACAGCCAGACCCUUCUCGGCCACUCCGCGCGCCGCGGCCUCCCACGGUCCUCAAUACGACCCCCCGACCGGUUGGUUGUUCGGCGUCAAGCCCGGCGAGAAGUACCAGAAAGAGGGGUGGGAGACUCCCUUCAUCUACGGAUUCUGCGGUAGCUUGGCUCUUGCCGCUGUCGCCUACGGCUUCAAGCCUGAUACCUCAAUACAAACAUGGGCUCUAGAAGAGGCGCGACGGAGAUUAGAAGCCGAGGGCAUCCUCGAGGACCCCGAGAAGAAGUGACGGAUCCCAACCAUAACCAUAUAGAGUGCGAUUGACGGGAAUGGAACUGCGAUACUAGUUCGAGGCUCUAUUUGUACAUGAAACCCGGCUUUCCUUUUUACUCUCGUGCUGCCUCGCCUUUCUCGCGACGGUGAAGCUUCGAUUAGAGAAACCCAUCAUAGACGGAUCGCCUCCCGAGCUGGGGAGGGGGGCUAGCUACCUAUAAGCUACAAUUCA